AGUGUUAAACAAAUCAAAAUAUAUGUUAUAUUUGAGAUUCUUCAUUGUAACCACCUUUUGCCUUGAUGACAGCUUAAGCUGGUGACCCUCUGUUUGAGCUGUAUGACAAUGCACCAGGCUACUGGCCAAUCAUAUCCAGUCUCCCACAGCUUGUGAGCAGGUUCAACUUAAUUUACAAUUAAAUCCCAACAACCUGAGUGUGGCGACCAAGGACUGUCUCUGUGAGUUCAGUCUGGGCAGAGGAAAAGGGGCAAGCAGGAUUUCACUACACCUACCUUUAAACAGAGUGCCCUAUGGUACUAAACAUUUGAAUAUUGAUCUGUAUAGAAAAUAAGAUCAUGUUAUUAAUCUUUUUCUGUCAACUUUUUUAUUCUUACAGAAUUAUAACUUUGUGACAUGAAACCUUUUGUAUUAACACAAGUAUACUUUUUAUGUUGGUGUAGAUGUUAACAAAAUAAAACAKUGUGCUUUUGGGUUUUUAAUCAUUGUAACAUACUUCCUUGUCAUUGUCUUUACUUUUUAAUGAAUUACCAAGGAGUUAUCUUUUAUUUUCAAUUAAAGAUGGCUUUAAAACAUUAAACUAAGAAACAGUUUUCUUUAAUAUACUGACCAGCUUGUCAUAUUGCUGUUUCAAUACUAGUGAUAGCGUAGCUAUUACACCAGUCUAAACAAGUUACAAAAGUUUGUCUAUUCCAACUGAUCGCCAUAAGGCUAUUCUACAUCAAUAGUGGUGUAUAGAAUGUUGUUCAUUUGUCAAUUAAGCAUAUUGUUCAUAUGAUGACAAUAUGACAACUUUCAUCUUAGUAGCCAUAAGUGACAGCAUGUCUAAACUGAUAUUGAGAGCAAGACUUGUACUGCCAGUGUGUCCUUUGUGACAACAACUUACACAACAGUUGUGGUCAUUGGUUUUAACAUCUCCAAAGUGUUGUCAUAACCUAAAUUCAUGAUACUGGUAAUGUGUCAUAUGCUGAUAAAGAAUGUUACCAGAUAGCAUUGUAAAAAUGGAAUAGCCUACACACUGGUCAAGACAAGGAUCAAACGGAACUAGCUAUAAAUGUCCAGUAUAUUCAGAGCAUUGGGAAUGGAGAAUAGCAGAGCUUCUAACCUCCAGGAUCACAGCUUUGUCAGGCAACUACUGACCAUAACAUCUAUAAGCAAGAAAAAUGGAUAGACAAUGUCCACAGAUUGUUUAUUUUCUUCAAAUGAUUUUUAGUAUGAGGACAGUUUCCUUUCCUGUAAUCUGCUAUCUACCACUGUUGCCCUCAAAUAUCUAUCUGCAAAAAUGCAAAAUUAUGUAAAAUGCUUCAGGUGAUACACAAUGUAUAGAAUAUUUUUGAAAAGGUGCCAAGUAGGCUAACAUUUGAUUGGUGAACCAAGUGUGUGUGGGGGAGGAGUAGAUGUUGUCAUGCUCAUUUAAAACAUGAACCAAGUUAUUUUCCUGAGUUUCUGUUUCUCUUCACUCUGCUGUGGAGUACUAACACAAAGCCAUUUCACCAUGCAGCCGAUCAACUUUUCUACUUCCUUCAACUUUGAURGGAACCUUACUUCCAACUGUACCACCAUCUUGGACAGCAACCUCACCUCUAACAAUACCUCCAGGGACUUUAAUGUUCUAGCCCCUUGCUUGGUUCUAGGGCUGUGCUUUCUAGUGGGACUGCCUUGCAAUAUAGCAGUGAUUGUCACCAUUGCUAAAAAAAUCAAGCACAUGACGUUGAAGGAGAACGAGAGCUUCUCUCUGAAGUUGAUCCUGAGCCUAGCUGUCUCAGACACUUUGUCCCUCAGCACCAUCCCUCUGGUCAUCUACGUACUGACCUAUGAAUGGACCCUUGGUACUUGGAUGUGUGGCCUCUCCACCUACGGCCUGUACUGCUGUUUGUAUGGCAGUGUUCUGAAUGUCACCUUGAUAGGUGUGCACCGGCACUGCAUUGCGAAGAAUGAGACUAGAAACACAAUGAGCAACCCUUCCAAGGAGCGACACCUCAAGGAGCGACAUAAUAAGAUGCUGGUGGGYCUCUGGGUACUGGUGUGUGUCCUCGCCUUCCCCAUUGUCUUCACUCGAGGGGUUGAGCCCAAGAGGGGACGGCUGAGGUGCCAAAGGAGUACAAGGUUGGAAUGGGAGAAAGUGUCAAUUCUUCUGAUGGAGACUAUUUUKGGGUUUGUCAUCCCAUUCUCCAUCCUGGCCACAUGCUACUUUUGUUUCCAGAAGAGGAACAAGCCAGAGGACACAGAAGAGGAAUGCACAAUGCAYCGAAAGGCUGUCUCAAGGCAUCAGAGAAUGAAAAAUCUAGUGACCAGCAUUUUAGUAACCUUCUUUAUAUUCUGGAUGCCUGUAAAUAUCAUCAAUGUGGUAGAUAUUGCAGCUACUUUAGUCAGAACGGCUCAUCCGGGGGACUACAACAACAUGAAAUAUUUUAGGAGGAUGGUUGGGGAUAAUGCCAAGGCUCUGAUCUUAAUCAACAGCUGUUUGAACCCCUUCUUGUAUGCCUUUCUGUAUGAAAGGCAAAAGAGAAAAAGAGAAUUAAGCCACAGAAUCAGAAUCUAACCACCCCAUGAAUGCAACUUCGCGUCUGUCUGAUGAGUGUGAUUACUGCAGUAGCUUCGUGUGGGGCCAACACAGUGGUGUAGUGCAAUCAGGCAGGUGAUCAAACAAGUUCUUUGGCAGAAUACGUGUUUGCAUUUUGGUUGUAACAUUUACUUUACUUUGAACUUUCAGUGGACAACCCAUGAGUGUCUUUCAGAACCCCUCCUAAAACCCCACCUGUUUCAUUUAGGUUGUUUUCAGUGACUCUUUGUUACUUCCCCUUUUUGUUUGAGUGAAAUGUUUGGUUUUCUUGUAGGGGAACGUAAAAUAUGUUAUAAAUGAAUGUUUUUAUUACUAACCAAUAAUUAUCUUAUGAUUAGAAGAAUGUAAAGAUACAUUUUGUGGUAUCUUUUUAGAUACUUAGCUACAUCAUUGUGUUUUACACAAGCCAGAAUUCGAAUGAAUCAAAGUCGAAUAGUGGAUGAUCCGAAUUUCUCUGCAAGUCCUCUCCUUUUGCCUUUUGCCUGUGUUCAAAGCAUGUUUGAUUUGUCUGUAUUUAUUUGAUGGGUAGUAUUUCGUGAUCGCUUGUCAAAUGUAGGCCAGUGUGGUUUGUCUCUGACAUUUAUAGCUCUCUGUCUCUCAAAAGCUUGAGCUUCACAGUUUCCAGUGAAACACCAAAACACUUGGUGGAUAAAAUAUAAUCAGAGCAAAACAAUAAAAUUCUGUGUGUUAUAAAACAUGCCUCCUGAAUAUUUCGCAAUCUUUUCAUUAAAACUCAUUGAUUUGCUGAAUUAAAUGUUUGACGCUAAAUUGGUAUCAGGUACCUGAUUAUGAAUUGACCAAAUAACUAUUUUAUAUGAAGAAGAAAAACCAUAUCAAGGCUUUGAAUAAAAGUGCAUAUUAUAAUAGUGUAUCAUCUGUUCUUUCUAACUGUAUAGAGAAACAAUCCUGAUAACAUCGUUGUUUUAUGUUCUAAUUAAUGAUGAAUGUAAUUAUCACUGAACAAUGCUGCUGCAUUGUGCAGUUAUUUGAUGUAUUUUAUGGUGAAAGGAAUUGCUAAUAAAUUAUUGCCUGUGGUGGCUUGAUGUACUGUACAUGUAGAAGAAGUAAACAGCUAUUUGUUUGUUAUACAUUUGCCUUUUGUGGUAUGGCCUUUGUUUUAUCUGACGUUUCAUUUGCAUACAAAGUGUGUGUGUGCGUG